AUGGCCAACAAGAGAAGAGCUAAGAAGAUUCGCCCUCCUUACCGAAAGUACGUCUACAGGUCGAGUUUCGUGGAGGGCAAGGCGGAGUCCGAGCUGGACGAAGAAAACGAUGAGAAAAGUGUUGUUCCCAGUGGGUUUUCAAGCCCACAGGAUUUCUCUAUGAAGACUAAUGGCAAUAUUCGCUCGGUGUACGUUUUGACGGAGAAGCAAGCAGAUCUGGGGAAAGUUUGGCCAAUGCUGCAGUUUGAGAAGGUUGAUGUGUUGUUUUGGUGCCUUUAUAGCACUUCUGAAGAGUAUAAGCACAAGAUGGAGUUGCUAGAAGAACAAAAGCGGAUGCAGUUGCAGCAGCUCCAGAAUCACAAUCUAACGCUCCCAGUUGAGAUAAUCGUCCACAUUCUUGAAAUUCUACUAUAUCAGAACCGACUUAAGCCGAAGUUUCUACGGCUUCUGAAGUUGUUUUAUGCGAUUACCUUGCCCUUGAUCUACCGCAGACCGAAUCUCAACGGCAACAAUUUUUUUCAGUUUGUCGAGACAAUACUGGGUAAAAAUAAUAUAGGCAACUACAUCAGGGACUUGGAUUUGUCGUCCGUCAAUCAGCUGGGCAAGAACGCCUUUGUCGCUAAACUUCUCAAACGGUCUCGGCCCUUUCUUGAGGCCUUCACAGCACCACAGACCAGUUUCGGGCUCGGGCCCCUCAUAGCGCUCAGAGGCUGCGAGCAUUUGAAGAUUUUGGAUCUUCGCUUGGUUUCUGAGACGCUUAAUUUGGAAGAGCUUUUUUACUCCAUAAGAGACUUGAAGCAGCUCACUCACCUUCUGUUCCCACGGUCAUCCUUGGAGAUUGAAAACUAUAACGCGAUCAAAUGGCCUCCCAAGCUAGAGUUUCUUCGAGUGUCCGGUGGCAUCUCUGACGACUUCCUCAUCCAUUCCGAUUUCCCCACAUCAAUCAGACACAUGGAGUUUGCACACUGCCCCAAAGUUGCUCACUCGGGUUUCCAGCACUUACUUUCCAAAGUGGGCACCAACCUCAAAUCAUUACGCAUCCAAUUCCCCAUGCCUGGACUUCAGGCAAAUUCACUCGACUCUGUAUUUAUAAACUGUCCCAACUUGAUGACCCUCGAGGUCACGGUGGACUACUUGUCACGGUCGUUUUUUGAUGACGACUUAUUGCCCACGCUUCCCUACAAAAGGCCUCUUCGCAAGCUUUUCAUCAGCAGUAGCGGCAUGCUUGGCACCAACGAUAAAGUUGAUCCAGUUGAUUUGGCAUUAGCGCUUUCUGAAGAGAGAUUGCCCAUGCUACGGUUUGUGCGGUGCACUGCAAAGCUAGGGUGGGACUCCAACUCAGAAUACGUUUCAUUCAUAGCCCUGGAACUCGAAGAGCGUGAGGGCGGGCUUUACAUAGGAUAUUAA